AUGAAGGCCUUUGCCCUGCCCGUUCUCCUCGGCCUUGCUGGCCUCGCAACUGCCCGCACCGACAUCAGCGGCUGCAUCUCCUCGCAAACCACCAACCAGUGGCAAGAAGCCAGUAUGAUCUGGUGGGUUCCUGACACCGGCGAGAUCUGCGACUUCGUGGACUGCGGCGGCGGUCGUGCUCCCCCAAAGACCACCCAGCCUGGCUGCCCUCUGUAUUCCGGCACCGCGACAUUGACCCCUAGCUACAUGCCUGGCUGGGGCCCCAACGGCAAGCUUGCCGCGACUACCACCACCAUCUCGCAGACUUCGUCCUCCACCAAGGCGGAAUCGACUGGUGACUUUACCGAAUCGUCCGUCACCUUGCCCGUCACCCUAUCCGCCACCCAUACUCAAACCCGUAGCAGCGUGAUUACUGCUGCGCCGACUAGCUCGCCUGUUGUUUCUAUGAAAACUACCACCUCGCCUGUCUCGAAGGCCGGAAACUCAACCUCUUCUGCUGCGACUACCACUCAGACUGGCGGUGCUACUGGUCUUGCUGCUACCAACUUGGCUGGCAUCAUGGCCAUCGUUGCUGCUGCGAUUGCCGCCGUUGCUCUCUAG